AUAACUUUAAACUUGUUGGGGUCAACGACCAUCCGCGUGAUGCGUACAGCGGAGGCAUGUGUGAACAAACGAGCGAAGAAACCCCGCAAUUGGACCCCGCUCGAGCUUUGUCGCUUCGUAUUGCCUCUGUCAUGUCCAGUGGCGGACGAGAUGAGGUAUAAAGAGCCUCCAGGCGCUUGCGCUCUUUGAUUUGUCACCGCACCUCUUCAACGCCUACAUACGGAUCAACAGCUACCAUGCCGGACAACGAAGGUACCUCUCACACAACCACCUAUGCCGCUCCCGGUGAGACGAUCGAGCUCCGCCGCCUUCACACAGGUCAGAUGGAGCUCGGUACGACCGACGUCCUCGCCGAACCCGUCUCCAAACCCGACGUCGUCUUGCCUCCCGCCGUAUCCCAAUGGAGAUUGGCUUUCGAAGAUAAGCGCCCUCGAUGGUUUAGAGAGAUGUUCGCCGAAGCUGUCGGUUGCUACUUCUACGUCUACGCUGGUGUUUCCACCUCCAUUGUCUUCAACCUCGACGUUCUCACCGGAUCCGGGGGUACUCUUGGCUCUAUCCUUUGCAUCGGAAUCUGUUUCGCUAUCGGCGUCGCUUUUGCCGUCAUGAUCGCUGGAGCCACAUCCGGUGGUCACCUCAACCCCGCUUUCACUAUCGCCUUCGCCGUCUACCAAGGGUUUCCGUGGAAGAAGGUCCCGUACUACAUCUUCGCCCAGAUCUUCGGAUGCUUCAUGGCUGCGUUGAGUUGCUACGCCCAAUACCACGAGCAGAUCCAGGCAUACAUAGCCGCGAUCGAGGAGAAGGGUAUUGCGAAGAUCGGACCUCAGGGCGUCAACACCCUCUUCUGUGCUCACCCUGGACCCGCGCAGACCAACCUCGGCUACGUCUUCCUCAACGAAUGGAUGGUGGACUCCUACAUCGCCAUCCUCGUCUGGGCUGUCCUCGACCCAUCCAACCCAUUCAUCUCCCCCGCCUCAGCACCCUAUGCAAUCGGCCUCAUCUACGCCGUCGCAGUGUGGGGUUUCGCCAUCGACACCUUCUCCGCCAACCCCGCUCGUGACCUUGGUGCGCGUAUCUUGACCGCCAUGAUUUGGGGAGGCGAGGCGUUUCCGCAUCCGUACAGUGCUAUUGCGGCGUUGACGCCUAUCCCGGCUACGCUUUUUGGGUGUGCGAUUUACGAGUUUGUGUUUAAGGAUCAUCGGAGCAUUAUCAAAGCUGGCCACAUGAGUCACCCGGACGAACAUGAGGAGUUGGUUAGGACUCGGACGGCGAGGAGUGACGAUGCACCUCAGCAGAUUGAGGUGAGGGUCGACGACGGGAAGUUCCGUUGAUUGAAUUGAUCGCUGAGGGCGCUCGAUUGUUGUUGUGAGUUGCGUUUCUGGUUUGUGAGACGGUGACUUCUUGGAUUCGAGGGUCUAUUCCGUGUGGGUUGGGGUGACUGAUUGUUGUACAAUUCUCGUAGUUGCAUCGAUACUGCUGUCACUGUUGUUAAAGUGUGGGUAUUGCAUUACAAAAUCACUCCUUUGGUUCUUCAUAGCAUGCUUGUUCUUAAGCUUCCUACUCCUUGCCUUCCUCUCUCCUCUUGCCUGAUCAACGGUCCUUUGACUGCAUCUUGAACUGCUCAGCCGCCCUCUGAGACUUCUGCGCAGCAGUCGUGGACUCGUAAACAAGACGAGCCGGCACCCUUAGAAGGAAUAUCUUACGCUUCCAUCUAUAAUCUUCAUCGAAUGCUUAUCACCUUCUGCACUCCUAAGGUACCGAAAAUAUUCAUCCUCCUU